GCGAAUGUUGCGCAUGCGCAGUUUACAAAAGGCCUCGGGAUCUCGGCGCAGGUUAAAAAUGACAAGGAAUUUGUUAAUGGAAAUUCAAACACAACAGACCAGUUUUGUCUAGAUAUUUAAGAAGUGCAACAAGGGAUUCAAUCAACAAUCCUUCCUGCUCAGACUGUGGGGAGGAAUUCACUCAGUCAUCUAACCGACUGGCACGCCUGUUAUUUUACACGGGGGAGAGGCCAUUCACUUGCUCAGACAGUGGGAAUGGAUUCAGUUGGUCAUCACAACUGAAGGUACAUCAGCAAAUUCACACUGGGACAAGGCUAUUCACCUAUUCUGUGGGUGAGAAGGGAUUCAGUCGGUCAUCCCACCUGUGGACACACCAGUCAGUUCACACUGGGCAGAGGCUGGUCAUCUGCUGAAUUUGCGGGGAAGGAUUCUCUCGGUCAUCUGACCUAAUGGCUCAUCAGCGAGUUGACACCAGGGAGCGGCCGUUCACCUGCUUGGACUACGGGAAGAGAUUCACUGAAUCAUCUAAGUUGAAGGUACAUCAAGGAGUUCAUACUGGGGAGAGGCCAUUCACCUGCUCAGACUGUGGAAAGAGAUUCACUCGGUCAUCUCACCUACUGCUACAUCGGUUAGUUCACACUGCAGAGAGGGAUUUCACCUGCUCAGAUUGUGGGAAGAGAUUCACUCACUCUUCCACCCUACAGAGACACCAGUCAGUUCACACCAGGGAGAGGCCAUUCACCUGCUCAGUCUGUGGGAAGAGAUUCACACAGUCAUCACACCUACAGAGACACCAGCAAGUUCACACUGGGGAGAAGCCUUUCACCUGCUCAGACUGUGGGAAGAGAUUCACACAGUCAUCCACCCUACAGAGACACCAGUCAGUUCACACUGGGGAGUGGCGGUUCACCUGCUCAGAAUGUGGGAAGGGAUUCACACAGUUAUCCAAAUUACUGGCACACCAGUCAGUUCACAGUGGGGAGUGGCCAUUCACCUGCUCAGACUGUGGGAAGGGAUUCACUCGGUCAUCUGAUCUGCUGACACACGGGCGAGUUCACACCGGGGAGAGGCCAUUCACCUGCUGUGAAUGUGGGAAGGGAUUCGCUCGGUCAUCUGAUCUACAGAUACACCAGCGAGUUCACACUGGCGAGAGGCCGUUUACCUGCUCAGUCUGUGGGAAGGGAUUCCAUCAAUCAUCCAACUUUCAUAGACACCAGCAAUUUCACACUGGGGUGAAGCAGUUCACCUGCUCAGACUGUGGGAAGGGAUUCAGUCGGUCAUCCUCACUAUUGGCACACCAGUCAGUUCACACUGGGGAGUGGCCAUUCACCUGCACAGAAUGUGGGAAAGGAUUCACUCAGUCAUCUGAACUACUGGUACACCAGUCAGUUCACAGUGGGGUGUGGCCGUUCACCUGCUCAGAAUGUGGGAAGGGAUUCACUCAGUCAUCCAACCUACAGAGACACCAGUCAGUUCACACUGGGGAGAAGCCGUUCACCUGCUGUGAAUGUGGGAAGGGAUUUGCUCGGUUAUCUGAUCUACAGAUACACCAGCGAGUUCACACUGGGGAGAGACCAUUCACCUGCUCAGUCUGUGGGAAGGGGUUCCAUCAGUCAUCCAACCUUCAUAGACACCAGCGAGUUCACACUGGGGUGAAGCCGUUCACCUGCUGUGAAUGUGGGAAGGGAUUCACUCGGUCAUCCUCACUAUUAGCACAUCAGCGAGUUCACACUGGGGAGAGGCCGUUCAUCUGCUGUGAAUGUGGGAAGGGAUUCACUCAGUCAUCUCAUCUGCUGGCACACCAGCGAGUUCACAGUGGGUAGAGACCGUUCACCUGCUCAGAACGUGGGAAGGGAUUUACUCAGUCAUCCAAUCUACAAAGACACCAGCAAGUUCACUUCGGGUAAAGGCCGAUCACCUGCUGAGACGUUGGGAAGUGUUUUCUCAGCCAUCUCCAUCAAAUGUGCAUCAUUGGGUUCACACUGUGGAGAGGCCGUUCACCUGCUGUGAAUGUGGGAAGGGAUUCACUCAGUAAUCUAACCUUGUGACACAGUACCGGGUUCACACUGGGGAGAAAGUUUCAAUAAGCUGCAUGCUGGAUAUUUGUCCAUCAUUGUUGCAGAAUGCAAUUUCGAGAGUGACUGUCGGUGCUGAACUCUGCAAUUAUUGCUGCUAUUCACCACACACAGUUCUGCACCCUGGUCACUGGGCAUGGGAGGAGUUUCUACUGCUGCCUAGUCACCUUUAAUGGAACUGGAUCUGAGACAAAUAAAUCAGUUCUAUUUUAAACUCUGUCUCUGGUACUUAGUGCAUUUAUAAGACGCCUAGUGUACAGUAGAGAGUCAACUCAGGCCAGCUGGACCCUGCCAGUUAUUCAUUUCCAUGACAGUCUAUUUAAAUCCCACCCCCCCCCCCCAUUGCUCAUCUCUCACUCUCCCUCUGGUGAUGGGUUCCAAACAGUCAUCAUCUGUGGGUGAAAACGUUUUGCUUGAAUUUUCUGCAGACUGAAGAAGUCGAGCUGAUUGCAGUUCUGUCUGAGAUGUUCUUCACCCCUCAAAUCUCUGGGCUGAGGAAGAAUGACAUCGGUUGUUAAUCUCCAUAAUCACGACUAAUUUCCACAUUAUGGAUCAUUUUCCCUGCUGCUAAAGGGUUUUUAGAGAACAUCACUGUCCCCUAAAGGCCGAAAACAGAAUGGGAAACCAUCAGUUGGAUGUUUAACUUAGCAGGGUCAGAUACCAGAGGUGGGUCUGCACAGGGCAGAAUUUGGGGCUCUGGACGAUGGUCGGGUUAAGAACUUAUGAUGAGGAGAAGGGAAUCAGCAGUGGGGUGUGGCAACAAAUGUCAGAGUAGCAACAUUUGGAAGCUGAUUGACAGAGACAAUCAUUCGAUUGACUGAUGACACAAACAAUGCCUGUGGUGAGGUUCUCCACUGGUUGAGGUACAUGUGUGUUGGGAAUGGUUUUAUCCAUUGAGGGAUUUGUUCCUGCUUGUUUAUCCAGUAAUAUUAUAUCCAGAUGGUUAUCAUGGAUUAUCCUCUCUGAAAUAAUGUAUUGAUUAUCAAAUAAUUUGUACAAACGUUUGUAAGAUCUUGACUCUAAAACUGGGUCAGGCUUGAAUUCAUGGUGCCUUUAUUAAGUUAUGGUGGGCAUUGAUGAGUUUGUAUUUUAAAGCAAGAUUUUGAUGAAUGAUAUUUGCCACUUGAUUGUACCUUUGUAGGUAAUCAGAUUGAGUUAAACUGCUGCGGGAUCCUGGAAUGUGUUGGAUUGUGUCUGGUUUCUCUUGUCAUUUUCUGCACUUACUGCCUUGUUUGUUUUUAUGUCAUGUAUUUUUGUUUUUUUUUCCUUUUGUUAACCACCUUGCCCUGUAUUUCUGCAAGAAAUCCUUGGGUUUCUGUGAAGAGGUCUCCAACUCUCAGUCAGGUGCAUGGUGCUUCCUUGUCACCAUCUCAUCUGCUCAGAUCGUUGAGAUGUCUCCCAUGGAGGGUCAUACUCAUUCCACUGUUUAAUGUUUUCUUCCAGAGUGAUGAUUUAUUUUUCUGAUUUGGCCUCUCAUUGAAGUUUUCUGGUCUGUAUUUCUUAUCAUGAUUGCAUAUACACACAUGGAGUGCUAAAUCCUGUUCAUUUUUGAUGAAAGUAUAUACUUAGAAGUUU